AUGAAAUCUCCUAAACUAUCUAAUGCCAAACUUUUGGAACAAUGCUUAUGUACCCUCUCUUUGGCAAAUUAUGAUUUUGCUAACAUUGUUGGAACUACGCAUAUUUAUAGCGAAUGUGGAAUACAGAGUUAUGCAUUACAGAAUGUUCUUAACAGCAAAGAAAGACACCUUAUUCUGGUUAAGGCCCAUUAUAGCAUCGGUAAAUCUAUUCAACUUUCUGAAGAACUUUCGGAUCUAAAACGCCUAGACAGUUCACUAGCAUUAGUUUUGAUUCUUUCCGGCAGACGUUCUCUCGCUCAUGGACAAAAAGCUCUAUUCAAGGGCUUUGAACUUUAUCUUGAUAGAAAUCCUGAGAGUCUUCAUAAGCUUAGUGCAUCUGGCUACAAUGCCAUUAUUCUUGAUGAAUUCAAAACCAUUACUCAGAACUUUAGCGGACCUACUAUGGGGAAUAAGAAUACCCUCUGCCAUGAUAUUUAUAAAUCUCUUCUUCACUCGGCUAGGCUUGUCAUCGCUCUCGAUGCGUUCUUAGACUCAUCUUCCACUGUUCAUCUUCAGGACUUGACUUUGAUAGAUGCUGAAAAAUCUACAGUUCAUUGGAAUCGCUACUUGCGAGAUAAACGUAAUGCUCGCUUCUAUAAUACC